GUGACAUCACGAAUUAUACGGAGCCUACGCCCAACUUCAUUUCUCCUCAGUAGUUUGUUUUUUCGUUCAACAUAGGCCUAUCCGACACCGCCGUUAUGGAUAUGAUGGUAUCGACGUUGCAACAACAACGAGCUGUGACCGAACAGCUGAGGCGGGAGGCAGCCAUCAAAAGGAUUCCGGUGUCCGUGGCCGUAAACGACAUCGUCAAAUACAUCAAUGAACACGAACAGGAAGACUGCCUUCUUGUUGGCUUCUCAAGCCAAAAAGUCAACCCUUUCCGUGAAAAAAGCUCUUGCACAGUAUUGUAAAAUAUUUUUUUAUUCUGUAUAAUUGUGUGAUAGUUGUUUACACAGGAAUUGCAUAUUUUUAUUCAAUGUCAUUGUGAGUUAUCAAUCAACACAAAGGCUAAUUGUAAAGUUCGUUGAGAAAUUGUAUGCUUGUUCUCAUAAUUUAUUUCUAAGCACAUCAUCUUUUGAAUAAUUUCCAACACAUGUAAUUAUUGUGAAAUAAAUAAAACUAAUUCAUUUUAA